CAAUUGUUAGAAACAGAAAGAAUAACGUUAGUGAAUAAUCAAACAUUAAGGAUGCACUUAAUCAAUUAACUAAACCGUAGUCUAAAAAAUUUACCCUUAUUUAUUUAUUGAUUUGUGUUCGAUUUCCUUAAACACGAAGAACGCAUUUACUACCAAUUUGAUCGUUCAUGGUAUUUGACAUCAAUAAUACUGGGUUCUGUAUAAGUAGAUUAGAUUCCGGUGCAACAUUGAAGAAAUGUCUCUUGAUCCUCGUUGAACUAGAGCUAUGGGUAACAGUAGUUUCAUACUGACCAAAAAAGGCAUUUUCGUAAUUGUAAUGCAGAAAGGUUUUCAGUAGUUGCAUUUGAUAUUGUGCGUUUUAGACUUUUAGUAUCCCCUAAUUUCCCACAGAACAAUAAAAGAAAAGUGAAACUCUUAAUCUAAUCACUCCUAACCCUAACUCACCAAUAGGCAUCCAUGCUAUUCUGUUUCGCAAAUCUCCUCCAAUAUAUAUAACUUCGUUAAGGAAUUUUGGCUUUUGGUGAUUUCCCUCUCACCGGAGCUUCUCGUUUCACAAACUUCUUCACCUGUCCUCAACUUGUCUUUUCUAAAUUUGAAAUGGCCGUUGCUUUGGUGACUGCAAUUCCUUUCUCUUUAUCUUGACUAUAGUUCUGAAAGAGUUGGAUUCAAUUGGAUUGCGCUAUUUCGCCCAACUCUUCCGAGUAGUUGUAAUUUCUAAUUUGUAAAUUUAUAGUUUGCUUUUACCCCGAAAUAUUUCAGUAUUCCUUAUCUGGGUUCAAUUGAAAUUCUUAGUAUUGCUAUUGCUAUUUUAUUUCCGAUUCUAUAACUAAGCAGCCAAACCUGUAUUUUCUGGUCUUCAAAAUCUAAGCAGCAAACAACUGACCUUGCAUAUGGAACGGAACCCUUUUCUUCAACAAAGGAAUUUUAUUUGUUUAGUAAGAUGACACGAAAAAGAGAUGAACCUCCUGUUGUUCGUGUAUAUACAGUAUGUGAUGAAUCAAGAUAUCUUAUAGUUAGGAAUGUACCAGCACUGGGAUGUGGCGAUGAACUGUUGAAAUUAUUUGGUUCCUAUGGGGAGAUAGAGGAGUUUAAGCCCAUGGAUGGAGAAGACUGUGAGCCAUUUACUGAUGUUUACUGGAUCAAGUUUUUAUUAGUUAGCAAUGCCAGGUUUGCAAAGAAAAAACUUGAUGGGUUUGUUUUCCUAGGAAAUCGACUACAAGUCUCUUAUGCUCCUCAUUUUGAGAACCUUUCUGACACAAAGGACAAAUUAGAGGGAAGAAGAAAGGAAGUUCUAGCACGACUAAAUUCAGGAAGGUUGAAAGGGUCUUCAUCUCAAACCCCAGGUGCUGUCAAAGGACCUUUAGUCUCUCCAUCUCCAUUACAGGCCAACUGCAUUUCUAAAGGGAUUAAUUUUACCCAAAGGGGGAAUGAAGAAAUAGAAGGGACUUCUGAGAUGAAAGAUCCUUCCAUCACAACAGUGCCCUUUAACCAGGAUUAUUUCCCAUCUCCUUCAAUGAAUGAGACAGUUCGGCUGGUCAGGGAGAAGCUUGAUAAGAUAAAAUCAAGUGGUGAACGUAUAGAAGCUGAGCCUGCAUUGAAGAAAAAACGAGCGGACAAUAGAAGAAGGAUUUGAUACUUAUCAAAAAAAAAAAAAAAGAAGGAUUUGAUGGGCCAUUGGUGUCUAUAGUUGUAGUUGGGAAUUUCCGGGGGAGGCUCUAACCCCUCCACUUGGUGUAUUUUUCUCACACUGGUGCUCGUUUUUUGCAAAACCACUUCAAUUAUGAUUUUCAGCGACCUACAUAUCAUUUUACGUGGAAAAUAUCCAUUGUGCAGUUCUUAUUUCUUCUGAAUAAAUUGAUAUGAUGUGUUAUUCAUU